GCACAGGUAGAGCCAUGCCUGAGCAAAAGGAUGAGCUCUCACCAGAGGCCCUGAUGCGGUGGAUCGUUAGCUCGCUGUACUUGGAUGAGGCAAUCCCACGCGGGGCAGUCUUGCAAUGGUAUUGGCAAUUGCUGACAGGCGCCAAGUUGACGCAGCAGCAACUUGUGGGGAUCAUUGAGGCGACGCCUGGGCUUUACAUAGACCCGCCAGGGUGCAGGAGGCUCAACUUUCGAGCAGUUCUCGAAGAGCCUCCGCCCAGCUUCCGCGGCUUCGUUCAAGAUGAGGAUGCCGGACAAGUGGAGGAUGUGGUCGACCUGGAGGUUUGGGAGGAGAUUCGCAACCACCUUGCGACUGGCGGCUGGCCGAAGUCUACGGAUUCGGCCCUCAGGGCCGUGGCAGUGGCAUGCUGGCUGCAGGAUCAGUCAGACGCCAUAAGUGAAGUCAGCUUCGGGCGUUUGCUGCAGCUUAUCACAAUCUGCACGCACCAAGAGAAGCUCCUGGGACUCCGUGACGGGGCGCUGGUGCCCUACACCGACUCGGAGGAGUGUGAGAGGCUGCUGAACGCUGAAGCCGGCAAGCCCACUGGCGUGAAGAGUGACGAGGCAUAUGUGAAGACCUGGGACGAGUUGCGCGACUGCCUGCGCCAGCUGGUGCUGUCCAGCCCGCAGAAUCAGAUCGAGGUGUCACAGGUGAAGCUUCAAUGCAGAUCCAAGCUGGGGAAGGAGCUUAGUGAGACAGUGUUCGGGCACUGCUCCCUAUCGCGCUUGCUGGACGAUGACAGGCUCAGCGAGUUUGUCAAGUGCGGUGAUAUGCAGACGAGGCAAAUAACCCUGGCGCAGGUCGCCAGGCCGAUCAGCUUGAGUGGCGGCCAAGAGAUGGUGAACGGCAAGAUGCACACUGAUUGGCAAAAGAGAGGUUGGGGCUGGGAGGCCGAGGAUCCGUUCCAAGAUCCUUCAAAGGACCCGUGGCAAACUCCUGACAAGGGCAAAGCCAAGGGCAAGCAGAAGGGUACUCACAACAUUCUCGCGAAAGCGCUCUCAAAAGGGGACAAGGGUGCCAAGACCUCCAGUUGGAAGCCCGCAGAGUCUGCAAAAGGUGUGGACAAGGUGGUCACCGAGGCCGUCAUCACGCUGGAAAAUGGCCUUGAGGCUACUCUCAAGGUUUACGAAAGCGAAGCUUUGAGCUCCGCUGUCCGCAGGUUUCUGAAGGAGCAGUCGCUGGAGGAGUGGUAUCAGACCCCGCUUUCUGCAUGGCUCCAAGAGGCCAGCAACGGGCAGGAGAACAUCUUUCUGCAGUUGACCGGAGAUCUCCGGACGAUCGUCACCCCGAAGCCCUCGAGCGUGCCCACUGUGACGCCAGCUGGAACCCCCAUGCAAUAACCCAGACACCCAGAAAUGGGCCCUCCUUCUUGCA